AUGUACUCACUUUUAAGCCGCCGACAAUUAACUCGUGAUAAACUUCCAAAAUUACAUAAUAAAAUGGUUACGAAAUUAAAGAUAUUAUGCAAUAAUGCCGAACAUGUACCAGUCACAUUAGAUGUAUGGACUGAUAGACGAUUACGUUCUUAUAUCGGUAUUACGUUGCACACAUUUGUUGAUGACGAAUUAAAAUCAUAUUUAUUAUCAUUUGCACCACUGAAAGGUCAUCAUACCGCUGAUGUUUUAUUGGCUGAGUUUGAAAAAGUAAUUAAUUAUUAUCAUAUUGAAAAAAAAUUAGUACGUUUAAUUACGGAUAAUGCAGCCAAUAAUAUAAAAGCAUUCGAUGACAUUUUACUUCCCGGUUUUGAAACAUAUUUUGAGAAUGAUGACUGUAACAAUGAUGGCAAUGGCUCUUUACAGAAUAAUAAUGAUGAUGAUGAUUGUGAAGAAAUAUUUAAUAAUGAUUCGUAUGAUCGCUUUGAAUUAGUACCGUUAGCUGAUGAUAUUAUUCAAUGUGUAAGUGAAAAUUUAGAAUUAUUACGUUUGCCAUGCUUCGCUCAUACGCCGUCAUAG